ACCAGGCCAGCAGGCAUGGCCAGGGGGAGGCUAGCCAGGAGGCUCCUGGAUAUUAAAGUCAUACCACUGACGGGCUUCAUCUCCUCGGAGCCAGGGACAGGAUGCCAUUGCACUACACACACAUCUCACGAAGCUCAGCAGCAACCACCAAGCAUGCAACCAGAACUUGAGAACCAAACUACAGGAGAGGGGGAAGACUGUGGCACUCAGGUCAAUGUCAUCAAUCGUAUGGCUGCACUUCCUGUGGUCAGUUCAACUUUGUCCCAAGUGACCAAUGCUUACAACUGGAGUAAGGACAAGAAUAGUCUGGUCAAGUAUACUCUGGAAAUGGCUGAAAGUACUGUAGCCAUGGCUGCUAGCACAGCCCAGCCGGUGGUCAAUAGACUUGAAGGACCAAUUUCUGCUGUUAAUGAAUAUGCUAACCAGCAGAUGGAUAAACUUGAAGAGAAGGUCCCAGUCAUCACUGAAUCACCAGAGAAGAUGAUGAUGAAUCUCCAGGAUGGCACUAAGAAGAUGAUUGAGAAUACCAAGAAAGCUGGUUCAGAUCGCAUCAAUAACCUUCUACUGACCAGACUUGGGAAGGCACUGACCACUGGAGUGGACACUGCUCUACUGCUUUCUGAGUUUGCUGUGGAUUACUACCUUCCUGAUGAAAACACCGCUAACAACGGUGAGGUGCAGGUCCCAGACCAAGCUUUAGCUGCUGCUGGAGUUGAACCUGAAGAUCAUAUCCCUGAGGAUAAGCCCCUUGAGGCGACUGUCCAGAAAGCAAGCCGUGUGUCCAACAAGGUCAGACGUCGUGUUGUCAACAAAGCCAUGCGUAAUGUCCGUUAUGCUCAGAAGCGUAGUCAGGAGACGCUUGAUAAACUGCACUUUACUGUAGACUUGAUCGAGUAUGCUCGUACAAACAUCGAUUCAGCUAACAAGGCUGUCCAGUCUCGGAUUGACACCACCCAUCAAACUCUCUCUAAAACCUGGGACGACUGGACAUUGGAAGAAGAGAGUGAUGCCAAGAAGGAUGUUGACGCUGUGAACGGAGAACAGAAGACCUUAGCCAUUGCUCGCAAUCUUGCUGGUCGUCUACAAGUCUUGAGUGGUAACAUUGCAGGCUGUGUUCGUCUUCUACCCCAGAAUCUAAGAGGCAAGGUAGAGGAAGGUCGUGAGCUUGCUGAUGCCCUUUAUAACUCACUGGAAGAGGUGCAGACGAUCCGUGAUCUACCAGCCAAUGUCCUUGUGACUGCUAAACAACAAUUGAACAAGAUGUCUGAUAUCUCCAUGUCUGUUGCUGAUUUCCUUGUCUCUUCAACACCACUUCAGUGGCUGGUACCCCAACAGGUUCCUGAUGUGGACAUCGAUUCCAUUGAGUUUGACAACUUGGCAGGGUCUGAUGAAUAUGACUUUGAUAUCCGUAGUGACACCUCCAGCGACCUGUAAUUGUUGACCUUUGACCUCUGCACAGUUUCUUCAAUGCUUCUUCAUAAAUUCCAUAUUAGGCCUAAUUUCUUCAGGAAAUCAGUAGACUGCAAAAUUGUGUACAUUUUGUUCUUAGAAAUGGCAGAAGUAUUUUUUCGUAUUUGAUAACUUGUUGCAAUGUAAUUUUCCUGUUAAAACAACAUUACAAUGGAGAAUAUUGUGAAAAAUGAAGAAAGACUUCUCUUGUGUUAGAAAGUGAUUUGAUCCUCACUACUUUUUAAGGAUUUCUAUCGUUAAACAAUAAUUCAAGUAGUUACAACUGUUACAAAUGACAUCAACGUGUACAGUCACACCACAGGUUCCUAUGGUAAUGAGCAAAUAGGCCAGAUUCAUCCAUAUCCUCUUAUGGCUGAAUCCUCCUUCCUGCAAAAUGUCUUCAAUUGUGAUAUUUUCUUUCUCUUAAGAAUUUACCUACUUCAUCCUCUAGUCAAAUGAAAUAUCUGCAAAAUUGACAGAGUAAAUGUUUCUCUUUCAUGUAGGUCACUUAUUAUGUAUAAAAUAUUUUGAUAGAUGAGAGAAUUUCAGGCCUGAAGAUGUGCAUCAAAACUGAAUCUUCUUCCUCCGUUUUCUUUUGAAAAUUGUGCAAAACUUUUUAUUCUGAGCCUGAAAGAUAUCUAGAAUAUAUAUCAUUACAAAGCUGAAUUUCUAUACUUUCUCACAAUGUCACUCUUAAUAUGCAAGAUCUUUUAAUCGGGUCAAGAUCACACUUUUCCCACCAAGUUACAAGACAAGAUUUCUAAAAAUUUUGGAGUAGCAUUAAGUCUAGAUUUCUGAUUGGCUGGAUAAUGCUUCAAAGCAACAAGCACAGGGAAUGAGAUUACCACAUGGGGAGUGUGACUUUGCCGUGAAUCCAGCACUGGAGGCAUUGAGUGUAUGGUCUCUUUGACCAAUCAGAGUACAGUAUUCUUGUUUUCAAGCUGCUUUUUAUGUACUUGGCCAAUGAAUAGUGUGAUCUUGACUCGAUUAAAACAAUUCUUGUUCUUGUUUUGACAUCUAUACCAUUUUAAAGCAUAGAUAUUAAGCUUUAUCAUGAUUUCAAAAUCAUUUAGGCUCAAACAAAAAUAAAGUGUAAAAAUAAUUUUUUUCAGGUGAAAAUCAUUACUUUGUAGCAUAUUUUAGAUCGAAGUUUCACCUACAUUACAAAAUCUUUAAAUGAAUUCAAACACAUGACCUGAAAGAAUAAUCUUCUUUACAAUACUGUAGUACCAAAAUCAUGAAAUUUGAUAUAUAUAUGUAGAGCAGCAUUGACCGAAUGAAAAGAGGUGUUAUGGUCUGCAUCAAGCUCAUUAAAUAUGCAAAACCUCUCCUCUAGUUAUGAAUAUCACUUGGAUGAAAGAAACCACUUUUUGGGACCUACCUAAUGACUGUGCAGGUGUGAUGUUAUCUUUUUGAUUAACUGUCAAAGAUUUGUUUGUUAGUACAGCCAAUAUGUGCUCAUACACAAUCAUACUUAAGUUUUCUCUUGUCUUGUAUCUUGGCAUCAAAUUUGUGUAUUUUCUUUUUUCUCUCAUUUUGAUUCUAAGAAAUUUUAAUCUGGUGCCCAGAUGUCACUCCACUCCUGCACAAUUAUCUGUAAAAUUAAAAGAUGCCAUUCUUUUCUAGAUCAUUCUUUCAUGUGUGCAUGAGUGUUGCAGGGUUUUAAACUUAUAAGAUACAUUCAAUUGUAUAACUUUGUGAAACUAGGUAAAUGGCAAACAAGGAACAAAAAAAAUACAAUCAAUUUUGAAAAGAGAUUGUAUCUACUCAUAUACUGUAUAUUACAUGCCCUGGUCAGAGAGUAUAUAGAAAGCAGAGGUAUUCUAAUCUAGGUGGAAAAAUGAAAUGCAAUGGGAUUACUCAAUUUUAUGUUUUCAUGUUAAGUAUUCUCAAGUAAUAUUCAAUGGUGACUAGCUUCAUCCAUACUAUUUAAUUUAUAAUAGUUUUUAUGUCCAUCAUCUUAUAUCCAGCAUACACAUUGGUACAUUGGUUGAAUGUGUUAUUAUGUAGCUUUACAUAUUAUAUAGAAAAACAUUAAUACCGGUAUUCAAGGACUCUAUUACUAUGUUCUUCAAAGUAGAAACAAUAAAAAUCUUUGAUACCCGACUUAAAAUAAAUGUAGCGUCUCAGAAAUGUUUGGGCAAAAAUGAUUAAAAAUUUAGAAUUGAUUUUGACUCCCUCAACAUAAUUUUAAUUCUAAAUGAAUUUAAGAUUUAAUAGCAUCUCAAUUUCUCAAGGUAGAGCAUGUAAAACUUUGCCUUUUGGGCUACAUAUAAG